GCAGCCGCAGCCAGCCGGAGCCGGUGUCGGGGCUGGGGCGGCCGCAUGUGCGAAGUGGGGACGCGGCCGCCGCUGGCCGCCGAGCGCGGGGAGCCGCCCGGGGGUGCCGCCGCCGAACGGUGCCGCGACAUGGGAGAACAGCCUAUCUUCACCACCAGAGCCCAUGUCUUCCAAAUUGACCCCAGCACGAAGAAGAACUGGGUUCCUGCAAGCAAGCAGGCUGUAACUGUUUCCUACUUCUAUGACAGCACGAGAAACAGCUAUCGGAUUAUCAGUGUGGAUGGAGCCAAGGUGAUCAUAAACAGCACAAUCACACCUAACAUGACCUUCACUAAAACGUCACAGAAGUUCGGCCAGUGGGCAGACAGCAGAGCAAAUACUGUGUUUGGUUUGGGCUUUCCUUCCGAGCAGCAGCUGACAAAGUUUGCAGAGAAAUUCCAAGAAGUAAAAGAAGCUGCCAAAUUAGCAAGAGACAGAUCUCAAGAGAAAAUUGAGACCUCAAGCAAUCAUUCCCAGGAAUCUGGACGUGAAACACCAUCUUCCACUCGAGCAUCUAGUGUGAAUGGGACAGACGAUGAGAAGGCAUCACAUGGAGGUCCUGCUGAGGCACAUCUCAAGUCUGAGAAUGAUAAAUUAAAAAUUGCUCUAGCCCAAAGUUCAACCAACGUGAAGAAGUGGGAGACGGAGCUGCAGACACUGCGGGAGAGCAACGCCCGGCUGAGCACAGCGCUGCAGGAGUCCGCAGCCAGCAUCGAGCACUGGAAGAAGCAGUUCUCAGCCUGCAAGGAGGAAAAUGACCAGCUCAGGGGCAAGAUUGAAGAACUGGAGGAACAGUGCAAUGAAAUAAAUAAAGAGAAGGAAAGAAAUGCACAGCUGAGUAGACGUCUCCAGGAACUGGAAACAGAACUUCAGGACAAAGAGCUGGAACUGGAAGAGCUUCGAAAGCAGGGUGAAAUUAUACCACAGCUAAUGUCAGAAUGUGAAUCUGUAUCUCAACAAUUACAGGCUGCUGAGAAAAAGAACAAAGAUCUUGAAGAGAAAGUCAGAACGCUAAGGACAGAAGUGGAAGAGAGCAAACAUAGGCAGACCAACCUUAAAACUGAAUUAAAGAAUUUUUUAGAUGUACUAGAUGGGAAGAUAGAUGAAUUACAAGAUUUCCGACAAGGACUGUCUAAACUUGGGGUUGACAAUUAGAUGGCAAUAGAAUUUUUUUUGUAAUCUAGGGUCUGGAUGUUUGAUGUUUUGUUGAUCCCAAAUGUGUGUUUUACAAAAUAUAACUAGAAUGUUCCACUUGUUUGCAUUGGUUUUGUACAUAGAGGCUGCGAAUUUGCUGUGGGGGGUUUGGGAUUAUUUCUUUCAUCUGUUUGUUUAUUUUUCAAACCAAUCGUGCUGCUCACUGAAUUUUGUUGAGAUUAGAAACUUCAUAUAUUGCUGCUCUGGUUUCGUGGGGUUGGGAACAGGUAGAGGGUUCCGUCUCAGGAAUCUGGAACUAGAUCUACCUUAAAAUGAAUAUGCAGUUAGUUGUUGCAGGGAAAUUUAUAUCUUUCUUAAGGGCUGUUGCAACCAUAGAAACAGAAAACUAGUCUUUUUCUUGUCCGGACUAUCGGCAAUCCUACAACAUCAACUUUUAUUCCUUGGUGGAGCAGACAGAAGAUUAGAGAUUAGCUGGAACUCCUGCAGUGUGUAAAAUGUGCCUGUGAUGAGCUUCAGUCAAGUGAAUCACUUCACACAGAUAUCAGUAUCUUUAGGGACCAUGUCAAUCAGGCCUGAUUCACCAAAAAAUAAAUCCAGUGGAUAUCAGAUGAACUCCGAUACAGGUUGCAUGUGCUUGCCUGGACCCAUACAGCACAAAGUCAGUGACAUAGAAAUGUAUUUCAGCUCUUCAAGUCAAGCAUCUUACUCCGUAGGUGAGGACAGCUUCUCUUGCUUGGCAAGGCCAUCUCUCCUUGGCCUUCAGUUUUGAACCCACAUAGUUCCAUCAUUAUGUGCAUCUCUGAAAAAUGCCCACCUGAGUCUUGGGACCAGAUAUGUAUUUUAGAAAGUGACAUGUUGCUGGCUUCCACACAGGGUGCAUGCACCUCUGUGCAACUUGAUCACUGUUGAUUAACUUCUGCAGUAGUGAAGGGGACAUUGAUCUGAAAAGCAAUACAAGGUUUCUUGAAGAUGAUGCUCAGAAGCACGUUUCUGCCCAGGAGUCUGGCAGGGUCAUGACCACGUGAAAUCAAAAUCCUUUCCAAUGAUUUCUGUAUUCUCACCUUGCGUGUCUUUGACAGUAGGGUGGGAACUGGUCACAAAGGUAGACUGUCCAAAAAAACCCCAACCCAAACAGCAGAAAUGCUGUCGUAUGCUCAAACCGGUUAUUCAGCAGCUCUAAGCAUGUGUUGAGAAAUGCAAGGUCAUACACUGGGCUCCAGUGAGAAGGAAGUCCACUUUGUCACAGACAGGGAUGUAAAAAUGGCCAGAGAGGAGAAUUCAGACCAAGUUUUGCUCUUGCCCCUAUGACUGCUUUCAGCUUCUUUCUCUUCUUUCUCCAUAACAUGGUUUGAGAAUCUUUUUACAUGGGAUCUGAAUUAAUUCAGGAGAGAACUUUUGUUUAUGUGACAUUAUUAUUUGCUUAAUUCAGGUGAAAGCUGAGUUAAGCACAGUGUUAGUGCAUUCCAGCAGUGAUUGCUAAAAAAUGGUCAUGCUUUACUUAGGGGCUUUUUUGUUUUCUCAGCAGAUCUCAAUUAUAAAAGUGACCUUUAAAAGAAAGGUGAGUUAUUAUGAAACAUGCAUUGAAUAUCUUUUACACAUGGAUAUAUAAUCCCCGUGCUGGAGAUAGGUUCUGUCUGCAACUGUCCCUUGAAUUUUUAUCUGUUACCGUUGCAUUACCUUCGAUCCCUGGUUUUUAGACUGGACUACUUUGUGCAUUUUCGCUUUUACUCCUUUUAAACAAUGAUGUGAAGCCAGGACCUUGCAGAAGCAUUGUGACCUCUUUAAAAAAAAGUGUUGUAGGCUCUUGAUAUUUAAAAAUAAAAAUACAAAUAAAAACACAAAUAAAAACCAGGUCCAUAGCAUGGAGGCGUGUGAAAAUUAGACUUUGCCAGUAGGGAAGAGUCAGCAGUUGCAUAGUGUGGGGUUACAUCAGACUGCUCAAAACUGAAAAUGACAUCAGAAACUCUGUGUGGUUGUGCACAAGUAGUCUGCAUUUUUAGGCUUUUUAUUUUAUAGCAAGUCAGAUAAACACCAUAAUUUCACAGGAAGUUAAUGGUCCUGCUUCUCCUCUCCUUCCAUGCUGCUUUAGAGUUCCUGAACUGCAGCUGAUCCCUGCAUCACUUUGGAAUCACAGGAUAACACAACUAAGAGCUGCAGUACAGCCAGUCAGGGGCCUCCUCGUCAACAGUGGUUUAUUGCUUUUGCACUGAGGACCCUGCUCCAUCUUCUGGCUCCUUUUUCUUGUUGAGCAGUCUUCGUGCUUCCUUCCUGGUUUUAACACAAAAUAUGAUUUUUAACAGGAACCUGGGUAGAUGGAGUUAAUCUAGAUUUUUUUUCUACUUUAGCUGGGUCUAUCUCAGAUCCAGUUCGUUAUGAAUGUAUUAAGCCACUCUUAAAAUGCAAGAAAAGUGUUUCUAUGGGACUGCAUCGAUUUAACAGAUGGAGCUUAAUGCUGGUGCAUUAAACCAGUGCAUAGCUCUGACAUGGGUGGUUAUUUCUGGGUGCUUCGUGCCCACCAGAGGAACGGUGGGGGUGUCCUUAGAGAAAUCUCUGCCCUGUCUCUUCUAGUUUUGUCCCAAAUGUAUGCUUUCCUUAUCUGCUACUGCUCUGAAACUGAGUUGUUUGUUAAGGAAACUGAGAUAGAGCUAUAUGCUGUGAGAAACUCCACCAUCCAAGGUCUUGCUAUAAUUACCUUCUUUCUCUCUUUUUCCUUCCCAACAGCAGUAAAUUGAGAGCUUCUAUGUAUAAUCACUUUAAAACCUCCCCCAAACUCCAUCUCUUUUAACCUUUCUGCCUCUUUCACUGUACUUUUCCAAAGUGUGCUAGGAAGAGGCAGUGGGUGCUCUCAGAAGUGUUUGUUUGGAUGCCAGCCUGGCCUCAUUCCUGCCCCAGAUAGGAGCCCCAUGUGCCUGCUGGGUGGGGACCAUUGGUCUCGCUGCUUAUUCCUUGAUGCUCUGUGGUGGCUCAGCAAUAACCCCUGCGUGUCAUACUGUGACCUCCACUCCUCAGGGACUCAUCCCAAUGUUGAAAUGCCUCCUCCUUCCCAGUGGGAACACCAAGGCAGCCAGCCUUCCCCCACCAAAAUGCCUGCACCAUCCUACGGAUGCAUUUAUUCCUCUUUUUGUGCUCCCUGGGGAUUCAGCCCAUCCCCGUGGGCACCCCAAACCAGGAGCUGCACUCAGCUGGCAGCCACCUGCUUAGGGAUGGCCCCAAACGCUGCUGGGGCCAAGAAAUGCUCAUCCCUGUCCAAAAGAGGGCCUACAGAGCAUGUUUUUAUUUGUUAUUAAAAUACAGUGCCGGGCAAACCCUGGUUUCCCCAUGCCAUCAGCAAUGAAGUAGGUCAUCGCUCCAUUUCCAUUGAGCCUGAGUGGAGGUGUCUUUAUACAAGGUGUAUCUCAGCUUGGGCAAUCAGUCAUGGGUUGUCUUUCUGGACACAGUUUUUUCCCUCUGCGUGGUUGAUGGCAGGGUCUAUCCUACCUCAGUUACAUGGUCUUUUGUUAAUAAGGGUCUUGUGCUUGGCACUUCCCAUGCUGAUACCUGUCAGCUGCAGCACCGCAGAUCCCACCUCACUGCCCAUCCUGCCUGCCCGGCCCCAGUGCCAGCAACAAGCUGGUGGCUCUAGCAAGAGAAAUCUGUGCUGGCCUCUUCUGACACUGAGUUAGAGAGUGUCUUAGUGCCUUCCAGGCUUACCAAUGCGAUGUUCCUUUGAGCUGGUGUUAGAGCUGCUGAAUAAUGGUGGGGUGGUGGUUUUUUGGUGGCCAAAAAGAGAAACAAACAGGUCUACUUUGUAUUAGCACAAAGCCUAAAAAUAUUCAGUGACAUAAAAAUACAGGGACGUAAUUGUUUCUAAGGGAAAGAAUGUUCUGUUAGAUCUGUUAUUUCACAUUUUGGAAAAUGACCUUAGUCUCAUCUUUGAAUAAAUUAUUUCCAAAUUAAAAACUGAGACAUUUUUUCACACCCCAGAAUAAAGGAGGUUAACCUUCUGCUC